AUGCCGGGCUUGUCCACGAAUGCAAACCAGGACAUCUCCCAACCCAUCAACCUAAACCAGAUAGAAUCCAGCACAAUGGACAGUACCUUCAAUGACCAGACACAGGGGACGGACGUGACGAAAACGUUCCCAGACCGGGUGAAGCAAAAAACAUGUACCACACCCCCAACGACCCCAUAUUAUCAAACUAACCAUCUUGCCACAACAGUCCUAAUAUCCGGCCUCAAACGAGGCGAUCUCGCUGCAGCAACUGCUGACGCCCUUGCGCACGGCGGGGCAGGAACCAUAAUCUACACGGGCCGUUCACAGUCCGAGCUCCAGCCUGUGGUCGACCAUAUCAACCGGAAAUACAAAACGGUCAAGAUGAUCUUUGUGACGGCUGACCCUGGCAGCCUGGCUUCCUUCCACAAGGCAGCGCAUACUAUUAAAGAGUUGGGCGUGUCCAUUGAUGGUUUCGUUGGAUUUCCCGAGGUCAUGGCUGUACCGUGGGAGCUCACGGAGGACGGGCUCGAGUCUCAUUUCCAGAAGAACUACCUGUGUUAUUUCCUGCUGCUGAAUCUGCUGUGUGAUAUUAUGAAGCCAGGGUCGAGGGUUGUUCUGGUUACGUCUAGUUUGCGGAAUGAGGCGCCUGCGCCGUCGUGGGAUGAUUUGGGGUUUGAGAAUGGAGAAAAUUACCAUUCUCUCGAUGGAUAUUCGCAGUCGAUGCUCGCGAUCGUCUUGUUUAUCAAGUCUAUAGCGAAGAAGUACAGCGGAUCUAUCGUUGCCUUUUCUGCAAAUCCAGGAAAUACCAAAACCAACGUCCAGACGUACGUUUCAUUUGAUGAGAUCAAAUCCUGGCUGCAGCGGAAGAAAGAAGCCGGCGAAGACAUACCGGUCCUUUUACAACAAGCACCGAAAUCUCUUGGUCAGGGUAGCGCCACGGUGCUGCGCGGAUUGCUCGAUCCGGAGCUUGAAGGUAAGAUACCGCGAUAA